AUGGCAAAAUUAGUAUUAUCAGAAAACAGUUUGUUUGGAGAGAUUGAGCAGAGGGCUCAAUGGGGGCCCAUUACUAAGGGCAGUGACGAAAAGUUGGCCACAGCGCAUUGCGUUUCCGAGGACUUCCAAAUGGGAAAAUGCAUUGCCGUUAACUUCAAGCUGAAGUACGGAUCCCUCGGAGCCCUGAUGGACCAAAAGGUCAGAGUCCGUGGUGUGGCGGAAUUAAAACCUAGUGAUGAGGGACAACAAUUGUAUGUGUUUUACCUCGUCACAAAGGUUUUAUUUCACCAUAAACCGACUCUCCAAUCACUGGCCGAGUCAUUACUCCUGUUACGGGAUCGAUUAUUGGAUUUAAGUACAAAUCAAUUAAUCAUCCCAAAACUGGGGUGUAACUUGGAUCGGCUAAAUUGGUAUCAGGUGCGUGGCCUACUUUUCGAUACCUUUGAGAGCUGUGGUAUGAUGACCAUCACAGUGUGUGACCCAGAACACUUUGAAAUACUGCCGCAUAAACUAAAGCCCCUUAGUGAGGAAAGUAUGGAGAUUUUUGGCACUUCCAAUAGCCGCGGACCUGCAACAGCACCUGAAGUACUGGUACUACCCAUUGAUUUGUGUAAUGCCAGUACAAAUGAAACAUUUUUAAAAUAUUUAAAUCAUUUCAAUUUGAAGGCCAAGUAA